ACCAUUGGGCUGGACGAGGAAUGUUGCACACACCAGUGCAGUGAUUUGAUUACUUUUUAUUUUAGUUCAUUGAAACACGAGAUGCGGCCUCUUGGAUUACAGAUCUCACAGUGAGCCGUGUGCUUGUUGGACUCUCUGGGAGUCUCCCUGUGGUUGAUAAACCCCAUUGUGGCCUUUUUACCGAGAAUGACAACAACGGCAAUCCCCUGAAUGUCUCACAGAGGUGUCGGCUGAGGUGCUCGGAGCGGAGGGGCGUGCUGCAGCAGGGAUGAGGGAGCAAAUGGAGCAGGGAGCGAUGCAUUUCAACGACACCACUCCAAACAUUUCACCCGUAAACCCCACUCCUGGAUUUCCAGCUUACGGCGUGCUCGUCCCUCUCCUGCUCCUCACACUGGUUGGAUGUGCAGUGGCGGUGGCCGUGUACAUCAGGAGGAAAGCAAGGUGAGCAGGCUUAUCGUGAUUUAAGCGGCCUUGUUCUGAUCCGUCUCGGCCUUUCAUGUCCCGUCACCAUUUGGUUUCUUGUUGGACCGUUUCGCCUCAGGUUAGAUGAGCUACGUCACAGGCUCAUCCCCCUGUACACCUACGACCCCGCAGAAGAGGACGACUGGAGGGAUGAUGACAGGGAGGACGAGGACGAGGAGCUGGCUGAACCUCUGUACAAGAAGGGAACGCUGUCCUUUUCACCGGAUUAUAGAACUUGAAGAGAAAAGAGAAGAAAUGAAGGAAGAAGGUGUCCAAUUGGAGGAAGAAGUUCUUCUUUUUAUAUUUUGUAUUGCAGAUGUCAAAACGAAUGUGGACUGGAUUAAGUAUAUUAAGUAUCUUGAGGACAAACUUUUACAGCAAAUGAAUAUGAAAACUGUAGAAGAUCCAGUAGGAAAAGACAUACUGAUGAUCAAAUGGAUAAGCCACCCACCAGUUGAAUUAUUAUUUGUUCCUUGAUGACAUGCAGCCCAUCAGACAGUAGGGGGCACUGUAACCCUGUCCUGUGUCUCAUUUGGACAAUCUGUAUUGUUUUGUGUUUUUAAGACUGUGCUAAGUGUUUGGAGCAGAAGGCAAAUAUACAUUUUCAGGCAAUAAACUGAAAAGUUUAAAUGACGAUUUCAUUUUUUUGCUGUUUGCACAUUUCUAAAAUGACUGAUGGAGAAAAAAUAACCAGCUUCACAGUCACACCUGUGUCUGCUUGGUAAUCAGCUCUGCUCAGGGGUCACAGGUCAUCACAGCUCCACACUUCCUGGAGGCUUCCACACACACACACACACACGCGCACGGGGAAGAUGGGAUCACAAAGAAAGGACAGACUGGGCGCCCGUCAGCCGGGACCACACUGGUUCCUGGCCUCCGUCUUGUUGGCCACAGCUCUGGUCGUCCCAGCUCGGACCCUGGACAGCCUGCUGUGUCUCUACUGUCCUCUGCGGCACAAGGGCAAGUCGUGCGGCAACUUCACCAGCCAGUGUCUGCCCGAGCAGCGCUGCUCCAGCUCCACGGCCCGCUACGGCUCCGUCCACAUGCUGUCCGCUCAGGGCUGCGUGGACGGCGAACUCUGCGGCUCCCGUGAAAUCGUGUCCCACAGGGGCGUGGAGUACAACGUCAGCCACGCCUGCUGCUGCGAGGACAAAUGUAACGGCCCGCCGAAGUCUGACGCCAGCCUGAAGAAGCUUCUGGGGAUGAAUAAAGACAAAACGGAUCACACAGACCUCACUGAUGUUCUCAGAGAGCCGCCUUGGGACUCGUGUGCAAAUCACACGUCACUGCGGACCACCACCACAUUACCUGCCACUGCAUGACGGGGAGACUGCGGAGAGGAGAGGCCUGUUAGGCACAAGCACUUAGCCUCAAAAGGCCCUCAAAGGAAACCAACAUGUGGUCAAAUGUUUGUACUGUGAUGGCUGGUAUCCCUGUCAAAUGUAUGUGUCAAAUGUUUUGUGUGAUUAUGCUUCUUUUUUUGAACUUGUAACUCCUCCUCAUCCCUGGCGUAUUUAAAACAAACAAAUGCUGGAGAUGAGUGAAUGCAGCUCAAUAAAAAGCAAACACACGCGCACGAGUCAGAUGCCGUUGUGGU